AUGGGUGUCAACAAUGUAAACGCCGGAGUGUCAAGUGCGAUGAGCAUCGACCGAAGUGCAAAAAUUGUGAGCGCCAACGGAGUACCUGUGAUUACGCUUCGUCUGGCCCCUGGCAGUGGAGGGUCGACACCCGAGGAAGCCGUGGCGAGGCAUCCAUUCCAGAAUACAGAAGACUUAACAACAAUGCCCUGGAUCAACCUCGAGCUGGAAAUCUGCAGCGAGAACAUCAAGCACAGGAGGUGA